AUGGUAGGCGAUGAUGCGAGUAGCAGGUCUCGAAUGGCUAGGAUGAGAUCGAACUCCAAAAGUAACGGUUCAUCAGCACCACCAUCGCCUCCACAGGCAGCUGCUGAUAUUCCCACAAGUUCAAGUGGAAUUCCUAUAGUUAAAGCAAAUGCUGGGAGUUGCUCAAUAACAGGACCACCAAUGCGUAAUAAGUAUACGCAUAUUAUUGUUUUCAAGUCGCUAAACGGUACUUUUGAAACAAAAUUCCUUGUUGUACCAUUCAAACCGGAUGGUUUAAAAUUGGGAAGACCGGUUGUUAACAAUAAUGGCAACAAUAAUAAUGGUGGUGGAGGUGUAGCUGCUGGUAGCUGUAUGGUUAAUGGGCAAGGUGAAGGACAGCCCCAUGUUAGGCCCGAUAACGGGCAUUUUGACUCUCGUGUUCUUUCAAGGAAUCAUGCCUCCUUAAGUUGCGACCCAGAAACUGGAGCUAUAUAUAUUCGGGACUUAAAGUCAAGCAAUGGGACGUUUAUAAAUGGGACACGGAUUGGACAGUCGGAUGUUGAGUUGAAAGUUGGUGAUAUAGUUGAUUUGGGAACAGACAUAGACGCCAAAUUUGAACAUAGGAAGAUAAGCGCAUUAGUUGAAGAUAUUUCGGUGAUACCAUUAAUUCAUGAGGAUAUUAGCAUUGUUAAGAAUUUUGAAGCGACAAAUGGUAAGGGUAGUGCAAACUACAAAUCUUCUGGAGCGCGACCCGAGCCUGUACACUUAACUGCAUCGAAUGCCCAAAGAGCAGCUUUUGAGGCUGCUAUGUUCGGUGACGUAAAUAAUUUAGACCUUGAGGAGGCGGUUCUUGGAUCUGAGACUGAAAUACUAAGUGGCAUUUUUAUUAAUAAUUCAAUUGGAACUUCUCCAAACCUAAUCAAUGUUAUUAAGACGCUAGUGAGUGAGCUAACCCUGGAGCAAACAGAAUAUUUAAAGUUGAAGUCUAUGGAAAACUUCCUAAUAAACUACACCAAUAAUAUAGACUAUUUGAAUAAGCUUCGGAUAGAACAAAAUGAUUCCAAACUAGUACAGUUACAAUUCACGUUGCGACAGAAAUUAAAUGAGAAACAAGAGAAGUUGGUUGAGGAAUACAAUGCACAACUAAUGGAACUGCGGAAAGAGAAAGAUGAUAUGAAAGAAGCCAUGGAGCAAAGUUCUGCAGCCGCAAAUCAGCAAAUAGAGAGCUUAAACAGGGAAUUAGAGGAUAUGAAUACGCGUUUAGAGGUGGAGAAAUAUAAGAACUCACAAUUAUCCAAAGAAUUCGAAAAAGACACGUUAACUCGGGAAAAAUAUAGUACUUUGAAACAUCUAACAAAAUUUCCGUCACUCAUAGUUUUCGACUUCAAGGGUUUCCUAGUUCUUGGCACAAUCAGUGUCGGUGUUGUUGCUCUUGCAGUGAAAUAUCUUACAACCAAAAGCGAACUGUUUUGA